AUGUUAUGUAUUAUUAAUACAACAUCAGAGGCUGUCAUUCGAGCAGCCAGAAGACCGUGGAAAGUAUCAAUUAUUAAUUAGGACAAUAAUACAAGGGAGAAGAACAAGCUGUUCCAGAAAAAAAGGCUGAAAGACAAAAAGGCAGGAAGAGGUGAAGCAAAAUUCCACAAACAAAAACAAACGUUUUGAAGUUGCUUUUAAUGAAAAAGGAUCACAAGUUACCAUGGGGAAUUUUAAGUGACUCUGUCACAUCACUCAAAGUAAAACUUUUACUGAUAUGAUAAUGUAACAUCAAGUGGGGAGUAUACUGGAAAUAGAGUUUUAAACCAUCCCAUGACAAACUGGAUCUAGAAAAAAAAGAAUCUACAUAUAUGUACUAAACUACUAAACUAUUUAAAUGUUUUGUAGCAUAAAAUAAUAGUGGAGAGAAAAAAAAUCUGAUGAAAAUGCACAAAGAUUCAGAUAGACAAAUGGAUGUACAUGAUCAAAGUCACAAAAACAUGUCGGAUAAUAUUACGAGCACAACUGAACAAGAAAAACUUGUGCUAAACGACAAAAACAACCUUGAGACUGCAAACACUUUCAAAAAUGUCUUCGAGUCGACGCUUUUUACAGGAAACAACAUUUAUUUCUUGUCAUUUGCCAGCUUUGCCAUGAUAAUAAUAGCAAUCGUCACGUUUAUUCGUCAUCGCCAGCAAAAGUUUGCUGCCGAGCAGAAAGAGCUGGAUUACUUGCGCUACUUUCACUCAGUUUUACCUCAUAGUCAAAUCUACGGAAAUCUGAGUGACAAGUUUACAAAAAUGGACAAGCGAAAAAAUUCAAAGAAAAGCAAAAGUUUUAGAGCUGACAGAGUUGAAGACAUUUGUGAUGCUGAUAUCAAACUGAAUGGAUUUACGUCGAUAUAUAGACGGUUUAGGUAUUCGCAAUACACUUCUAGGACUUUAUCGAAAGAUUCCAGUAAUGACAACGACGAACCAAGGUCUUUCGAUGAAACAGAAAUGAUAAAUACGGAAUUAAAACCAGAUGUUGAAAUAUAUGAAAAUGGUCAAGUAACUAAAAUUACUGCUGAUGCUAAUGUUGCAAACACUGGCAACGUCUGUCAGAAAUUUAAUUUUGCCAUAAAAACUGAUAAUAUGCAAGAUACUACUGUUGAGAUUGAGGAAUCAGACAAAGAUAUGACUUCGAAAUCAAACGAUCUCACAAAAGAUAGCAGAGAUAAGUCAGGUGAAAAACUUGUGCAAAAAAGUAAAACAAAUAGCUCAAAUAACAGGGUUCAUUUCAAUUUAGAAUGUGAUGAAAAAAUUCAGGAAACAGAAACGCAUUCUCAAACUCGGCAUGUGGCACUUAAAGAUAUUAAUAUCACCAGCAGUGAUGAAGCAAGCCUCAAGAGGUUACUGAUGGAAAACAUGGACAAUAUGCAAGUGACUGCAUUGUAGCCUACAAGGAAACAUGGGGGUUUUUUUUUGGAAAAAAAACUGACAGCAAAAUAUGCAAAAGCAGGACAUGUAAAUUUCAAUAAUGAACAUAAUUAUGCAAAUUGCUCUUACACAUGGUACAGUUGUGUAGCAUCUUUUACCAGAGACUAUGCUAGUUAUUCCCAAAGGAAGGCAAGUGAUUCAUUUGUCUUCAACAGAGAAUACAUCUGUAUGUUAUUCUCAAUUACUUAGAGGCAGUGUUAAUAAGGUGCAGCCUCUGUCACAGAAACAAUAUGAAAGUUUUCUUUACUGCAGUGACUGUGUAGUGUUUUAGCAGAGAAAGAAAAAGCAUGACAAAUUUUGAAACAUAAUUGCAGAGAAUACUGUGAAAUCAUUAAUAUUCGUGGGGAACUAAUUUUCGUGGAUUUAGUGGUCAAGUCAAUCCACGAAAUUUAAUCCCAACGAACAAAAAAAAUCCCAUUCACUUCAUGUUAGAAGGUUGAAAUCCACGAAUUCAUAUCCCCACGAAAUUGCCAUUUUGACCAAAACCACAAAAUUUCAUGCCCACGAAAUUUAAUGAUUUUACAGUAGUCUUAAAUAAAAAAAAAGAACCAUUGAAAUCAGUCUGUAAGAAUGGAUCUGAAGCAGCUCAAACAGUGAAAAUAUAAAUUCAUUCUCAGUGUCACAAACAGAAAAAGAAGAGGCAGCAAGAAAACAUCAGUGUAGUGUUUGUUACUGAAAAAAACAUGCAAAAUUCACAGGCAUUUAACGCUAGUGUAGUGUCUCCUACUACAAUUAUAAUUAUUCACAGGCAUGGAAGCCUGAAAAAGCCUGAAAAAAGGAAUGUGUGAAUAAAUUUACAAGUAUAGCAUUUUCAUGUGGCAAGCUAACUUUCUCUAAAACAGUAUUUUCUCUAAAACAGUGAUUUCAUCUAUAAAACAGUGACUUUAAUCUAGACAAUAGUGAUUUCAUAGUUAAUACAGGCAGUUUCAUAGCUAAUACAGGCAGUGUAGUGUCUCUAACAAACAAAAUGUGUUAGUGUACCUUGAGCACAUGUAGCUGGUGCAACACAGUUGUUGUGUCUCUAAGGAAGAAAAUGUGCUAAAUACACUUGUAAGCAUGCAAGCAGUAUCAGUGUCUCUUUCACAGAAACGUAUGCAAUAUAUUAGCAAGGAGUGUACAUAUUGUCUCUAACAGAAAAGAUGUACAAGCACUGAUUUUUUUGUGUGUGGAUUUUUUUAAAACAACCUGCAGCUUCCUGUAGGGAAGAUAUUGCUCUAGAAAUACACAAAAGAGGACAAUCCAAACUUUGAAACUAGAUAUUAGAUUUUCAAUAAGCACAGCGCCAAUUUGCAUGAGCUGAGGCCAAUGUACUUUUGAACUUGGACAUAUGAUGAAAUGUAAACACAGAAAGCAUGACAUUGAUAACAGUUGCUCAAGUUGUAAAUUUGAACCAAUGUGGGGGUAACUGGAGUUGAAAAAUACAUAAAUGCCUACUUUCAUAAAAUUAUUUACUACGCAUAUUACAUGUAUCCCAAGGGAUCUUCUUUAGGGAAAAAUUAUAAGAACAAUUUCAAGAGAAAAUACGUUAUUUUCGGCUUGGGGAAACAGCCUAUAUUCAGCUAUAAGAAUAGCAAAAUAGACAUUGUUAUACAUAAACAUCUAACAGAGGAAUGAGAGUUUAUAGCUUCUAACAUAAAAAUGCUAAAAGGUCUUGAAAUACUGUUAAAAACAAAGUGGCAACAUAGUGUCUCAAAUGAAACACAUACAUUAUGGUUAAGAAGUGACGUGUCUGUCUCGAAAGAAACAGAUUGAAAUUUCCUAUCCACUGAACAGUUAGGGAAGUCCAAAACAAAAUAUCAAUGACGAAAAAACAAUAAACAACGAAUAUAUACAAGUGCAUAAUUUAUGUAAGGGGGAAAAGUGUUGUUUAAACAAAGGGUUACUUCUUUUGUAAUUUAUGUGAUUGUAUUAUUUAUUUAUAUUUAAUUUUAAUCAGUGGUUUUGUUGUUAUUAUUCAAGUGUUUUUUUCUGUCUAUGAAUUUAUACACUCAUCAUUCAUUCAAGUUCAGACUGUUGUUAGUAUCCUUUAAUU